CGCGCGGCGCCCCGCCAUCUGGCGGGCCAGCUCCCACUCAGUCCUGUCAAAAUGGCGCUCAAGGCACAAGUCGGUCAAAAGAUUAUGAACGAGGUGAUCAAGCAAAAGAAGAAGACAACAGGUGGGGUGGAAUGGCGUAUCCUGGUGGUGGAUCAGCUCGCCAUGAGAAUGGUGUCCGCCUGCUGCAAGAUGCACGACAUCAGCGCGCAGGGUAUCACCCUGGUCGAGGAUAUCAAUAAGAAGCGCGAACCUCUGCCGACGAUGGAGGCCAUUUACCUCAUCACGCCUUGCAAUCCGUCGGUGCAGAAAUUGAUCGACGACUUCAGUAACCCGACGAGAACCACUUACAAAGUCGCCCACGUGUACUUCACGGAAGUAUGCCCGGAGGAGCUGUUCAAUGAAAUCUGCAAGUCUCUUGCCGCUAAAAAGAUCAAAACCCUCAAAGAGAUCAACAUCGCAUUCUUGCCGUACGAAUCGCAGGUCUUCUCGCUGGACUCGCGUGAAACUUUCGCAUGCUUUUACAACCCCUCUUUCUUUAAUUUGAGAUCAGCCAAUAUGGAGCGUAUUGCCGAACAAAUCGCGACCCUCUGCGCUACUCUUGGUGAAUAUCCAUCAGUUCGAUAUCGCAGUGACUUCGAUCGCAAUGUCGAACUCGCUCAAAUGGUGCAGCAGAAGCUAGACGCAUAUAAAGCUGAUGAACCGACAAUGGGAGAAGGGCCUGAGAAAGCGCGUUCUCAAUUAUUGAUCCUAGAUAGAGGAUUUGAUUGUGUCUCACCUCUGUUACACGAACUUACACUGCAAGCCAUGGCGUAUGAUUUGUUGGACAUUGAUAACGAUGUCUAUAGGUUUGAGGCAACAGCUGGUCAGGAAAAAGAAGUAUUGUUGGAUGAAAAUGAUGAUUUAUGGGUAGAACUCAGGCAUCAACAUAUUGCCGUAGUAUCUCAGAACGUGACUAAAAAUUUGAAAAAGUUUACAGAAUCAAAAAGAAUGCCGCAAGGUGACAAGCAGAGUAUGCGAGACUUGUCGCAGAUGAUCAAAAAGAUGCCGCAAUAUCAAAAAGAACUGAGCAAGUAUGCCACGCAUUUACAAUUAGCGGAAGACUGCAUGAAGCGCUAUCAAGGAAAUGUAGAUAAGCUUUGUAAAGUGGAGCAAGACUUGGCCAUGGGUACCGAUGCAGAAGGUGAACGUAUCAAAGAUCAUAUGAGGAAUAUCACGCCGAUUUUACUUGACCAGACUGUGAAUCAUUUGGAUAAAUUACGUAUUAUAUCUUUAUAUGUCAUCAGCAAGAACGGCAUCACCGAUGAGAAUCUUAACCGUCUGGUUCAUCAUGCCCAAGUGUCUGUUGAUGAUAAACAGACUAUCGUCAAUAUGGCAAAUCUUGGCAUGAACGUUGUUGUAGAUAGCAAUCGUAAAAAAAUGUACACGGUACCACGUAAAGAAAGAAUUACGGAGCAAACUUACCAAAUGAGCCGUUGGACUCCAGUUAUCAAGGACGUUAUGGAGGAUUCUAUCGAGGAUAAACUUGAUUCUAAACAUUUUCCGUUCCUUGCUGGACGUGCAGCCAGUUCAGGAUACCAUGCACCAACCAGCGCACGAUAUGGACACUGGCACAAAGACAAAGGUCAACAGACCAUCAAGAAUGUUCCUCGUUUGAUCGUUUUUAUAGUCGGUGGAGUGUGCUAUUCUGAAAUUCGAUGUGCGUACGAAGUUACGAACGCAUUAAAAAAUUGGGAAGUCAUAAUUGGUUCGUCCCAUAUAAUUACACCGAAAUCAUUCAUGAACGACUUGAGUAAACUACACGUCUAAACGAUCGUAUAUCCAACAGAAGAGAUAACAUUCCUGAAUUCCUAAUUUGCCAUUAGCUUCAAUUCCAUCAGUAAUACCAGCUACGAAGCCACAAAUGAUCUCGAGUAUGAAAUUAGAGUAUUUAACUAACAAUAAGUAACGAACACAGAGUCAAUUCUUCAGGCGAGGGCGCCUCAUUCCGGAAAUAUUAAGCAAGUAUCCCGUUGUCAGUUGAAUAACAAUGAAAGUAUUCGUGUAUUAAUCGAGCACGAAGAGUCUUGAUCAGACCGAGUUAUCAAGUGCCUGCGCGAAUACAUAAUCAUCAAAGAUCGGUAUAAGACACUUUGGCAAUACUGAUUGCACGAAACUGUACAAUGGUAUCGAGCCUUUCAGUGGUAUCAUAAUCGAGUCUUUAGCAAAACUCUAGAGAUAUAUUCGUGAUCACUCUUUGUCGGUAAUGAAAAGGAAUUUAUGAAGAUGUAUGUCAUAGAGAAGGAUCGUGAUAUUCCUGUACAUUUCUCGUUACUAGUAUUUUGUUAUUUUUUCCUUGUGUUCAAGUUGACAUCUUAAAUGUAGAUUGUUUUCGUUCGUCGAGCAUACUUUCACUACCUCUAAGAAAAUUCUAUUGUAAUAGAAACGUCAAAUCUAAAUGUCACGUCGCAUUUCGCUUUAUUCUCUUCACAUUAUCGGUGUAACAGAACCGUUAUUUAUUCGAUAUUAUUAUUAUUACUUAAAUCUAAUUAAUAGUAUUCAACGUAAAGUGAAAUCGCUAGAUGUGUACAGUUCGACACUUGUUCUUCCUUUGUUAACUUAUUUAUCUGCAUUUUCGUCGUUUUACGCACUCACGUACACGCUUCAGUUAAUGUUUGCCAAUUGCCAAUUCAGACGCUACAUUUAAUGUAACUUAUAAGUAUAUAAUAUUCGUGAUAUACAAUGUUCAGCUCUCUCUUUGACAAAUUUAACGAUUAGUCAUUAUUUCUGUUGAAUGUAAUACAGAUAAAAGUAUAAUAUACCAAUAUGUAUGUACGUAUCGCAAGAUCUAUCGCAAUCGUUCCAUGGUUGUGAUAAAGAAGCGCUUCUCCCGAUCAGAAGCUUGCGCUUGUUGAUGGAUAAUAAUGGUAAUAAUUAUUAAUGUAAUGUCAAUAAAUGUUGCGAUCUACUAGCUGAGAGAUUAUUACAAAGUUAAACGAUAUUUAUUAAGUAUAUCCUGUUACAUAUAUGUAUGUAGAUUAUAGCCCGAGUAGUGUUAUAUUAUAAAGGCCUAUGUUGCGCUCUA